CAAAAACACAACCAUGUACGAGGGUUGAGAAUUGUUUACAUAAGUGCACACAAUUGCAUUGAGAGGUUCAUCAAAGAUAUCUGUUAACAUCUUUCACUUGUUUUUGUUUUGUUCUAGACUAUUCAUUGAAUAAGCAACCUAAGCUUAAACAAAUGUUUGCAGUACUAUUGUUUAUAGUUUCACGUUGAAUGACUUAGACUCAACGUAUCGAAGAUACAUUCAUACAUAGAGAACUCCUCAUACUGCAAAUUAUUCUAAAUUGUGAGAAGGAAGCGCCAGUCCUGUCAAUAAUGUGUACGAUUUCCUCGGAGGACAGGAACGGCCCUAGGCCAUCUCAGAACGAAGGAGACCGCCUGGAAAUGGGGAUUCGCUACAGCGAAAUAAAAACUGUUCGACAACCAAAUAAACCAUGCGUACGCCGAACGGUCAAGAAAGAAAAGUGUAAAUUUCAUUUAUUAUUUUGUAACAAUUUCAUUUAUUUAUUUGCAACAAGCGCUCGGGCUGAUUUGAGAACUACCAUUAUAUAAAGCCAACAGAACAUGCAAUAGAAGAAAAAUUACAACAUUAUAAGUAUUAUUGGUAUUGGACAAUCCAAUAACUGUUUUUGUCGACAUUGAUCAUACAUUGAUACCACGAGAUCUCGAAUUUAAUUCUUUCCACACAUUGCCCGUAUAUCAAAUUACUCAUACGCUAAAGUCAUUUUCCCAUAGAAAUACGAAGUAAUACCGUUAACUAGCCGGAACCGCUUUUUUAUAAUUGUUUAUAAUACUACUUCCUCGAUAUCUUACACCAAAUUAUGUGUUCUCCUUUACUUGCUGUAUGCGUAACAUUUUAUUAGGAAAUGUUGCACUGAAAAUUGCACGUCAUAGUGCGGGCAGAUGCGGCGUGUAGUCAAUCUUCAAUGUAGUUAAGAUUAAGAUCGUGUUAAAUGGCAGCGAUGGCAGCGAACUACUGAAUUCGGACCUAGCACAAAAUGGUUAUUGAACAAAAUCCACUCUGAAUUCUGAGCAUCUACCAAACAAGUCUAAUUUCAUCCUCGGUUCGAUCGGUACUGAAGGCAACACGUAGGCAAAUUGUUCUCAGACGAAACACCCAGUGCCACAUCAUGAGACACUUGAGUAAACAGAGGAUCUUCGAGUCCUGCAAACUGAGUGUGAGAAAGAAGUAUAAAUAGUGUCUGAAAAGCGAUCUUCAAUCACAGUUUGGUGCAGUAUCGCUUCAGCAGAGAUAACAACAUGUCGUUCAAGACUCUCUUCCUAUCGUUGUGCGUGGUGGUGCUCGCACUGAAUGGCAUCGAAGCCGCACAGUACUACGUCGCUUUCACUAAAAGUGCCAACUUUUUCGAAGCGUGGCAAGACUGCCACGCCUACGGUGGAGAUUUGGCAACUAUAAGGUCCGCAUCUGAGCAAAGUCUUGUGGAACAGGCAAUGGGCCGAACCAACAAUCCAAAAGGGGUUUACUUUAUCGGCGGAACUGACGUUGGCCGUUUUGCUCGUUGGAUGUGGAUUGCUUUGAACAAGGUGAUCGAAACCACUGACUACCGCAACUUCUAUCCAGGAGAGCCCAACAAUCUCGGAGGCAACCAAGAAUGUUUGUCCGUCGGAAACUGGGUAGCACCGAACCGUGGAAAAUGGGAUGAUGUACAAUGUUCGGCCAAACUUGAUGGAUACGUUUGUCAGUUCUACGCGUGAUCACCUGUAUCAAAACCAUAGACUUCUUGAAAAAAAUAUCACAUGAGGUUGUGAG